ACAAAUAUUGGAACACUGGAACAUCGAUUGAUUGAAACCGGAUUGAGGUUAUAAUUCCGUAAAUUCUGUAAAGAAAGUAAAGCUUUAUGAGAUAAAUUAUGUUAUUUAAAUGUUUUAUUGCACAGAAAUAGAAAGAAAAACCUUUUAGUUCAGUUUUGCAAUGUCUGAUGUUGAAGAACCGCCGACUAAGAUGUCGAAAUACGAAGAGUACUUAGAACCGGAGCCAGAAGGUGAGGAUGUGAUGGAGGAAGGUCAGGAAGAGUGGCUCAGUGAAGGAGUGCUCACUGAUGAUGAUUAUGUUCAAACGACUAAACAAGUUGACACCGACCACGCGCUCACAAUAGACCAGGAGACCACACAGAGUAACGAGACGGAAGCCAUGCAGACGUCCACCGCGGACACAGCGGAUGAUACCAGCAAUAUGACGCAGAACAUUGAGGAGCAGCUGAAUAAUAUGGACAGCACGAACAAUGGAGAUGAGCUGCCGGACGAUUUGGAUGCGUUUUUGAUCAGAAAGACAGACGGCCAUGUUGUGGAAGCGAAACUACAAGAUGAGACUGAUAUACCUAAAGCUAAGCCUGAGGAGGAUGAUGGCAACGACACGGAUGAUCUACUGCGCAUGUUAGGAGACGGUGAUCAGAAAGCAAAGAAGAAAACGUUUAAGAUCAUAAAGGCCGAUAAAGAUGAAGACCAGGCCUCCACCGAUGAUGAUGACUUCAUUUACGAGCAAAGCCAAGUGAAAACUCUGAAACUGGCUAAGAACGCUUUGAUCAAGAGGACUGCCACCAAAGCUGUUCCCGAAGAUAUGAGCGACGGAGACGAUGAGACUGAACAGUCAACAGACGAAGGAUCGACCGUACAACGUAUGUUCGAAGUUAAGAAAUCGGGAUCAAAGUCUGACAGUCAGAAGAAAGUCGUCAAACACGUUCGAGCUAAUAAUAAUAAUAGUUUGAAUAGAUCACAAAAAUCAGACACAAAGUCCAAUAAACCGACUUUCAAAAACCACAAGUCUGUGAAACCAACAGUUAUACAUAAGAAGUCGUUGGAAGUCGAAACCCCGGCGCCUUUCAAGCCGCUAGAGAAGGAGAAGUCGAAAGAGAAAGUCUCGAAGUCGGAAGUGAAAAAUGAUGAUUUUGAUGAAAUUAUCGAUGAAGAGGAAUUUUUGGAUGAUGACGAAUAUGAGUUGGAUGAGGAGGAGUUCGCAGAAGGCUCAGAAGGUGAGGACAGUAAGAAGCAGCGCAUCAUGAAGCCGGAGAUGAUGGAUGAAGAGGUUCCCAGCGAUGCUGAGAGCCGCUCUGAAGAUGGCAGUCUUUAUGAUGAGUUACCGUCUUCAGACUCCGAUGAUUUGGACGACUGGUUCACCCUGGACAUACGAGCGGAGAGAGCGAGUGACUACUUACCUUUAUUAGGAACGAAAGCAAAAGAACUUCUACUAGCAGAGAGAAAACGCGUCAGUGCAAGAGUAGCCACAUUACGUCAGAGUCUAUCAGCUUUAACCGACAGCGCCAGGAGGCAGGCCGACCAGCUCAGAGCCGCUGCCAUGGCACUCGCAGAGAUAGACGACACUCUAAAAGCGGCCUGACCUUGACCUUAAAAGAUGACCUUGAAUUUCUCGGAUGACCUUGAGUUUCAAGAUGACCUUGAAGUUUGAUGUUGAUGAAUUAAAUAUGAAAAAAUCCUUUUAAUCGUGUACCGAUUUGACAAUUGUUUAUAACUUGUGUCAUAACCAAAUUAUAUCUCAAUCGGUUCAGUAGUUUUUCGUGAUGAAUUCACAGUUGUGUUAAUGUUUUAAAAUUGGAAAUAGAAUGUUGAAUAGAAUUUGCUAAAUUGAGAAUAGUUUUUUUGGGUCUUAAAACCAAUUUUGUCUAUAUUCUUCACAAAUUGCGUGUAAAAGAGCACAUCCGUUUUAAUCUUUAUUGUCAUAAACUAAACCUAUUUGUUUCCAAUUUCAUCUCCCGAGCCUUUUCCCUACUAUGUUGGGGUCGGCUUCCAGUCUAACUGGAUCUAGCCGAGUACCAUUUACAAGGAGCGACUGCCCUAUCUGACCUCCUCAACCCAGUUACCCGGGCAACCCGAUACCCCUUGGUUAGACUGGAUAUUAAGAUAUUUGUUUCCAAUAUACUGUUACAGCCUUUUUAUCGUCCCACUGCUGGGCUGCGGCCUCCUCUCACACGGAGAAGGAUUGAGCAUUAAUCACCACGCUUGCUCAAUGCGGGUUGCUGAUAUCAGACUAUGUAGUCCAGGUCUCCUCAAGAUGUUUUCCUUCACCUUUUUAUCAGGCAUUAGAUUCCAAGAUAUACUUAGAAAGUACAUACAAACUUAGAAAAGUUGCAUUGGUACUUGCCUGAACUGGAAUCAAACCCACACCCUAGGUUCUUUACUAGGCCACCACGACUUUUAUUGUUUCAAAUUAAAGGUGUAAAAACUAUUUUAGAAUAUCGAGACAUAAUAUUAAGCUUAUACAAUCCACGGUACCUCGAUAGAGUUUUUUAGGACAAAUUCAAGUAAAGUUUUUAAACGUAAGGACUUAAUUUUAGUACCUAUAGUGUAAGUUAGUGUUAAGAUUUGUAAAUAAAACUAUUUGUUUAAUAAAAUAUACAUUUUAAUUG